GCUUUGCCUCUUCAGGCUGGCAACUACUUCCCAGCAUUUUCCCAUCACCAAACUUCCUCCUCCUGCUGCCGCUGCUGUCGUUGUGUGGGGCUCCCUGUGCCAGCAUCCCUGACGCAGCUGGUCCAUCCUGACGGCUCCGGCCACGCGCCCCAUUCCUGGCAGUGCCCGAAUGGAGAGCGGCGUGCCGGAUCGGUGUGCCGGAGCCGUGCAGGGAUCUGUUGCUAAGCAGCCUUUGGAGCAGCUCUGCCGCGGCGAGAGGAGAGAUGGCAACACCAUCACUGCAUUUCAUAGCACUGGGUAGUCUUGGGGUGCACUUGGGCAUCACCUGGAUGGAGACCCCCGGCUCCAGCAGCCACGGCCUGCCUGGAAGCACCAGGAUACCUCCAUCAGCAUCGCUGCUGUCUGGGAGCAAAGGGAUUGACCUCCCCGGUGUGCUGAGGCUGAUCGGUGCAGCACCGGUGUCCCCGUGUCCCCUCGGCAGCCGGUGAUGACCGACGCGGUGGUGGGAGGCAGCUCUGACCGGUGGAUGUGCCCCAGUGACAGGACCAUGUCUCUCCGGGCCAGCAGCGAGAAGGAGCAGGUCCCCGCUGGCUGGACAGCGCGGGGUGGCCAACCCGACCGGCAGCGCAAGAGCGUGGAGCUGACAGAUGAGGAGAAGGAGAUCAUCAACCGAGUCAUUGCCCGGGCUGAGAAGAUGGAGGAGAUGGAGCAGGAGCGCAUCGGGCGACUCAUGACCCGGCUGGAGGACAUGCGCCGGAGCGUGCUGGGGGACGGGGUGAACCGCUGCAUCCUCUGCGGGGAGCAGCUGGGCCCACGGGGAUCUGCCUGCGUUGUGUGCGAGGACUGCAAGAAGAAUGUCUGCACCAAGUGCGGGGUGCAGACCACCAACAGCCGGCCCCACGCUAUCUGGCUCUGCAAGAUCUGCUCCGAGCAGCGGGAGGUAUGGAAGCGCUCCGGUGCCUGGUUCUUCAAGGGUUUGCCCAAGCAAGUCCUGCCCCAGCCGAUGCCCAUCAGCAAGAACAAGGGACCCCAAGCCCCGAGUGAACCCAGCCCAUCGGAGCCACCCACCCAGGACCAGAAACCCCCCUCCCGUGCACCCACCCGAGGCCAGGCGGACGCCAGGCCCGCAGCCGAGCAGGACUCCGAUGGCAGUGAUGUGACGGCGGCUGCCCGGGGGAGCUAUGCGGUGCCCGGCCGCAAGGCAGCCGAGGGCAGGCAGGGCCCGUGCGGCAGCGAGAGCACCAGCGGGGACACCGAGAGCCGCGACUACGCUGCCGAGAGCGGGGUCAGCAGGAGCCCUGGUGUGAAGAGGACCAACUCCAUGCAAGCCCCACGGCCACCUCCACCAGCCACUGCCAGCCCCGCUCCUGGUCCAGGUCCAGCAGCGCCCUCAGCGCCGCCGGCAGCAGGAAGACCCAGUCCCGGGGCAGCUGGCCGGUUCCCGGAGAGACAAGCGAGCCCACCGCUGGGACCCCCGGAGAUGGCCCGGGCUGCCGCAAGGGAGGAGCGAGGAGGGGGCUACACCAUGCCCUCUGCCAGGGAGGAGAGGCCGGCACGGCAGCCGUCAGCUAUCCCACCGGCAUCCACCAUCCCACCGGCAUCCAGCAUCCCGCCGGCAUCCGCUGCCCCACAGCGGCAGCCGCCCCAGGAGGAAGAGGAGGAGGAUGCCAACAGCUACGACUCUGAUGAAGGCACUACGCUGGGAGCACUGGAAUUCAGCCUGCUCUACGACCAGGAGAACAGCUCCCUGCACUGCACCCUCAUCAAGGCCAAAGGCUUAAAACCAAUGGACUCAAAUGGCCUGGCAGAUCCCUAUGUCAAACUGCACCUCUUGCCUGGAGCCAGCAAGUCAAAUAAGCUGAGGACGAAGACUCUGCGCAACACCCGUAACCCCGUGUGGAACGAGACCCUGGUGUACCACGGCAUCACGGAUGAGGACAUGCAAAGGAAAACCCUCAGGAUCUCCGUGUGUGACGAAGACAAAUUUGGCCACAAUGAGUUUAUUGGAGAAACUCGAGUUUCCUUGAAAAAGAUCAAAGCCAAUCAGAAAAAGAACUUCAACAUCUGCUUGGAGAGAGUAAUACCGAUGAAGCGUGCUGGAACAACCGGCUCAUCCCGUGGGAUGGCACUGUAUGAAGAGGAGGUAGAUCGUGGUGGGGAUAUAGAGGAGCGUGGCAAGAUCCUCGUGUCCCUCAUGUACAGCACCCAGCAGGGUGGUUUGAUUGUCGGCAUCGUCCGCUGCGUGCACUUGGCAGCUAUGGAUGCCAACGGAUACUCGGACCCCUUCGUUAAACUUUGGCUGAAACCUGACAUGGGAAAAAAGGCCAAGCACAAGACACAGAUCAAGAAGAAAACAUUGAAUCCUGAGUUUAAUGAGGAGUUCUUCUAUGAUAUCAAACACAGCGAUCUGGCCAAGAAAUCACUGGACAUUUCUGUCUGGGAUUACGACAUCGGGAAAUCGAAUGAUUACAUCGGCGGCUGUCAGCUCGGCAUCACGGCUAAGGGCGAGCGCUUGAAACACUGGUAUGAAUGCUUGAAGAACAAGGACAAGAAGAUCGAACGCUGGCACACCCUCCAAAAUGAGAACCACGUUGCCAGUGAUUAAAGGGAGCUGCUGCCCGAACCUCCCCAAAUGGCCCAUCCUCUGCCAAGCCCCUGUAGAUCUCUGAUGUCCGUCUUCCAGCGCAGUCAUGCCUUGCUACACACCUCUGGUCCCGGGGCAGCGAUGCUCUUCUGCCUCCUCCAAGCAUCCCCUGUGCCCUGUCCUCACUUCCACCUAAAAACUAACCCAGAUCUUUUAUAUUCUCUUCCUCUUUUAUUUUGGGAGGGGGGAGGGUGGGUGCCACUGAAAUACCCCGUUGUGUAAUUUUGUCAAGCAAUAGUUAUCCUCUGACUGUUCCUCUUCCUCACUAGUCUCACGCACGCUGUGGUAGCAUCCCUGUUGUGUGUGUGAUGCUCCAUGUUCCUCCAGCCCAUCACCUCUGGCUCGUGGCUCCUCCAUCUCCCAGUGGGAUGCACUUGGCUGGUGUCAGAGGGGUUGAGCGCUGGUGUGGGAGCAUCAGCCCAUUCUGCUUGUGUGAUAUCAAUACCUCAGUUGCAAUAAUGAAAAAGCUCUUUGGCUUUGGUGUGGGUCGUAACCGUAGCCUGGUAUCUGUGUUGUCGUGAUUAGGCUAAAGCCUGUGUCACUGAUGUAAUCCUGCGAGUCCCGCUUGAGCUUUAGUUCUGAUUUGGCACACUUGAGCAAUAUCGUGGUACAUCCUUUGCUGAGAAGAUCCACCAAUAAUGAUGAGAAAUAGGGAGCCACUCUGUGCUCUCAGGGAAACAGAGAUUUGGGUUGGUUCGUGUUCAUUUCCAACCACCAUGCAUGGCUCCAUUGAUGUAGGAGCCCACCCCUCUUUCAAGCUUGUGACUACCUCCUCUUCACAUCCUAGCACAUAGUACCGACUAGCUGAGCCCCUGGGCCUUCCUUGGACCACCCUCUCUGCUGCCCACUGUUUGCCCUACCACAUGCAGGAGGGAAGCCGAGGGAGAUGACACUUCCCGCCAGUUAGCUGAUGUGUGCAGGGAUGAUUGCUUUGAAAUACCACCAAUACUGAAAUUAGCUGGAACAGGGAGAGGUCUCCCAAACUUUGGGGUUUGUUAUUAGUUUGUUUGCUUAUUUUCUUCUGAAAUCUGCACAAGAACCGUUGUCUUCAACCUGCUCUUCAUGAUCCUCUGGAGGUGUUUGAUCUGUUCUCGAUAGCAGGAGCAUCGGGAUGUGCUCAGACUGAUGCUGACCAGGUUUGGCCCCACUCGCUGUCUCUGGACAACCUCAAGCCUAGCAAUGUUGAUAGUAGCACAAUAAGCACUACUGGAACAUAGUGUUGGUCAGCUACACGCUGCGCACGUUGUAUGGAACCUGAGCCCCAGCCCCUUGGUUCGUGCUCUUCUCCCAUGACUUCCAUUGCAACCGCUGCUGCAGUCAGCUGGCAUGUGGCCUGUCCUCAGUUCAGCUGUGCUGCAGAGCUCUUUCUUUUGAAUUGGAUGAGUUAUUUUCCUAUUCUUGAUAUUAUUUAAAUGAUUUUUCCCUCCACCUUCCCCCAACGGAAUUUGCUGAGUGCUGACCUGCAGUGAGCAUCUCUGCAGGGCUGGGAUGCUGCAGUUGGUGGGGCUAUGUGCCGAGCAAUGCUAACACCUGCAUGCAAAGCACUGCUGCAGAGUAGCCCUUCCCCAGGCCAGCUCCAGGCUUGCUCCUCCAAGGAAGUCUGCUUCCCCCCUAGCCCCAGCUCUCCACCCUUGGACCAUGCAUGGGGAAAACAAACCUCAACCAGCAUGUGCAUCCUCUGCUCCGCUCAGACUGAGCUGGGAUAAGCUCUUCCAUCACCCCGGGCUCCAUCCUGUGGCUGCUUGGGUCAUGAUGCUCAGAGACGUGUGAUGGGAGAGGACACUGAAACUAUGCCUCUUCCUUUUGUGCAGUUCUCCGUUCUGCAGCAGUAAGUGCAACGUCCCAGGGUCCCUGAGCCACGCUGGCCUUGGUGCAGGCUAUGUUGAGGAUUCAGGUGGAAACAACCCCAUUCUUUUGGACUGUUUCUCUCUGUGCCCUAUGCAGCCGUGCCUGAACCCUUGCUCCACUGGGAAGUGAUGGUUUGGCUGCAGGAUGCUGUUGUCAUCCCUUUUACAAUGGCCAAAACCUGCCUCUAGCUCCCAGAGCAGCAGUUGGGCUCAGAGGUGUGCUGGGAACGUGGGCCUGGGGCUGAAAUUAGCUUUUAAAUGGAAAAAAAACCCCAAAAUCCAAGCAAUUCCUUGAUUUAUUCCAGACCUGCAGCAGCCCAGCCUCCUUUUUGUGUGUGGGACGUUUAAAUUAAGGUUGCCUUUACCCAUGUCCUUCUGUCAUUCCUACACAGCCUCUUUUCCCUUCAGACAAAUGAUAUUCAAAGCAUCUCUUUGCACCCAUAAACAUCAACUGCAACUUGCCAAUUCCCCCAUUGGUACUGAGCAAACCCCAGUCCUCUGUCUCUGCCACCCUCUUCUCUGUUUUUCUGAUGGGAAUUCCUGCCCUGAAUGACUUCUUUUUGUUGUAAAUAAAGCAUGCACAUAUGGAUUGGGAAUGGUGGAAACAAGAACAAAAAGCCUCUUCUGCUGUUUGCAUUCAAACUUGCAUGCAGUGAUUUUACAGCAAAGUAUCAGUUUACAACUAUUAAGAGAAAAAGAAGAUGUUACACAGGAACUAGAGCUACUCCAGUCUUCCGCUGCAUGCAGCACAACAUCCUCUCUUGAUGUGGUAUCUAAUAAAGUGAGACUAUUGGAAAAGGAAAAUAUCAAACCAUCCCGUGA